ACCAUUCAGAUUGCUUACUCCUGGAGAGCGCGCCGCACGCAGUGCUGCGGAUCACAGGAAAAAUAUUUAACAAAGUUUGACGUUUCGUAAAUAAGUGAACAUACUAGUUACGAAUCUCAACUUAUACGUGAAUUUAAUUUCAGUUUCAAAGUGUUGUGCAUAAACUUUAUAAACUUCAAGAUGAUGUCCUUAGUGUUGUUUGUCCUGGGAGCUAUCCUUGCAACGACAGAAGGUUGCGGUGGCGGGAAACAAAUUUUAAAAUCUGGAGGAUUGUCGGCGUUUGAGAAGCAAGCAAUCGUGGACGCGCACAAUCGUCUCAGGCAAUCCGUUGCCCUGGGACAAGUCUCUAGCCAGCCGCCAGCAGCUAAUAUGAUGGAAAUGACAUGGGACGAAGAGUUAGCGGUGACUGCCCAGCGGUGGUCUGACCAAUGCACGACCGCCCACGACACCGCAGCUGAACGCGACGUCAGUCGCUUCCCCGUAGGCCAAAACCUAGCCGCCACUUGGACCACCAGGCCCCCAAGCGACCCCAUUGACACCGAACCAGACUUCAUGAAGCAAAUCAACGCUUGGUUCGAUGAAGUCAGAAUCUUCGGCUUCAAACCCAUCACUGGGGGCCACAGCACAGGUCAUUAUUCUCAGAUGGUUUGGGGAGAGACGUCCAAAGUAGGCUGUGGGUUCACAUUCUAUUAUGACCCCGUCCGUGGCUACACCAAGUUGUACGUGUGCAACUACGGCCCUGGCGGAAACGUCAUCGGAGCCUAUCCCUACGAGAAGGGCUAUGCCUCUUGCAGCAGUUAUGGCCUCACGGACUCCGCCAAAUAUUCUGGCCUUUGCUCUACUGGUUACUCAGUGACAUCAAGCUCGAGCUACCAGACAGACAGCAAUUACCUCUCGAACGUCAUUCCCGGCAGCACCGGACCAGCGGAAGCGAUCAACUACCAGUACAACAACCAAUUCUACAACCAGUAUCAGAACCAAUACCAAAACCAAUAUCAAUACCAGUACCAACAACCAGACCCCUACUACACACCUGUAGUUAGCUCUACCUUCAGACCCUUCAUUAGCAUCUUCAAAAGGGCUACCGAUCUACUCACAAAAGCAAAACCACAAGUAAAAUUCGGUACCGUGUUCUCGUGAAGUAUUUUACACUUUAUGCGAUUUAUGCCUUCUUUGUCUAGAAAUGGGUAAUGGAAACAAGCACAAAUUGUAUUUAAUAUGAUCAGGGUUAUUUAAUUUAUUAGUAUUAGAAAAUUUAGACAAUGCAUCAUUCGAUGUAAAUUAAUUGAAUUGAAAAGCGUUUCUGAGUAGCCAUUUCUAAAGAAAGAUAGUUUACAGUAUUUUGUGACAGUUGUGUUACUCGACUGAUUAGAAUUUCGAAACAGCGAAUGCAUGAUUUCGGAAAUUGUAGAUAAUUUUGUUAUUCCUUGGUUUUACAAGGAAAUUAAAUAAGUUUUUUUAUAUUUCCAUUUACACACUUAUGUUGAAAACGCGUUGCUGCUGUGAAUGGCUUUCUAGUAUUAGCAGAGAAUGUAAGAAUGUGUUGUUAUUAAGAAUAUUUUGUGAUUGUGUAUAUUUAAAU